AUGGACUCUUUCGAAGAGGACGACCAGGUGGAGGAGUCGACGCCGCGAGACAACGAGGCGCCCACCCUGCAGCUCGAGCACGCCCUCUCCGACCUGGGCAGGGGUGGAAGUUGGCUGCGGGGGCUCUUCCUUCUGGGCAGCAUCCCCGGUGUUCUGAACGCCCUCCACCUCGUGGCCUACGUCUUCUUGGCCUGGCAGCCGCGUUUCCUUUGCAAACAAAACGCGCAGAAAAAUUCCAACCUGGAAUUAAGUGUUUUGAACGGCAGUUCUUGCUCCUAUACAGAAUGGAACUCAGAAGUUGUACUAAAUUUUUCUAUCGCACCUCAGCAUUGUGAUUCGUUUGUUUUCUUGGAACCAGUGCAAGGCUCUACAAUUGUUUCCGAGUGGAGUUUGGUUUGCGAUGACGAGGUUUGGAGACCAAUGUCUCAAGUGGCGCUCGGUAUUGGUAAAAUAAUAGGGUCACUAGUAUUUGGUUGUAUUUCCGACAGAAUGGGUCGCAAAACGAGUUUCCUAGCUGCCUCCUUUGUGUAUUUGGUCGCAGGACCGGCGGCCGCUUUUGCGUACCACUAUCCCAUCUUCCUCUUCUUCCGAGUUGCUCUUGGCGCGGCAGGUGCUGGAGCCUUUUCAUCAGCAUACACUAUCAUGGCCGAGUCCGCAUACGCACCUAGGAGACCGACGUUGGCCGUUCUCUUCAACCUGUCGUACCCGAUCGGUUUUCUGGCGGCGCCCGUGUUGUCCCUGAUUUUCCCAGGGUGGCGCCCUUUCCAACUCGCGAUCUCGCUGCCCGCCCUUCUGCUGGUGCUGCCGUGCUGGUCGCUGCCUGAGUCGCCGCGGUGGCUCAUCUCGCAGGGAAGACACCGCGAGGCUCUGCACGUCGUGCGCCACGCAACCACCGACAAUAUCGACCGCCAACGCAGCAUCUCAUCCACCGAGAACAGGUUCCAGCAACAGGACGAGGUGUCCUGCUGGUCGGGCACAAAAACCUUCCUGGCGCGACUUGCUGGCCUACUCAGGGACGCAAUGUUUCGCAAACGACUGCUGCUGUCUCAGUUGACUUGGUUCUCGUGCUCCCUGACUUAUCACACCCUGAUGCUGAGCGGAGCCUCCCUAGGGCAGGAGCCGCACAGGUACGUUGUGCUGUUGGCGUCGAUUGAGAUUCUCGCCUACCUGCUGCCGCUGCCCCUGUUGAAAAAAUGGUCCCGCAGAAUCUGUCUGGCGAUUCUUCUGUGCUGUUCGACAGGUGCACUUGCCACGCUGCUGCUAAUUCCUCAAAAUUUCACAGUUGCCAUUCUGGCUGCUGCAAUGGCCAGUCGGUUUUUCAUCAGCGCUGCCUACUCAGUGAUCACUCUGUUCACUUCUGAACUCUUUCCCACCGUUACUAGAAACACGGCCCUGGGAACGUGCACCACUUUUGCCCAAAUUGGCUCAAUAUCGGCACCUUUCCUCGUGGAAAUGACGGACGUAGGCGCCAGCAUACCGACGUGGGUUUGCUUUGGCACGUCAUUCGCCGCCGUCAUCUUCUCUCUCGGGUUGCCUGCAGUUCAGAGUAUUAGCCUGUGCGACACAAUGGCUCAAGCAAGGGCGCGCAGCAGCGAGGCCGAACUCAAGGAAGUGAGUUUCUUCAGAAGAAAAGCCGCCGCAGGCGACGAUGACAUCGAGCAGGACGUGGCUAAUGAACUGUCAGAUAUUCCUGAGGAAGAGACCUCCCUUGACCUAAGCCAUCUAGGAUUAGGGUGAAUUUUAUCAUCCAAAAUAAUCAUUUCAUAAUCAUCCAAAAAUAUCCAAUGUUUUUAAAAUGUAAA